AUGUGUUUGGUUAAGAAGAGAAAACAACGAUUAAAUCUCCAUAAAAGAAGAUUUGGUUCAUAUGGUUCAAUACGAUUUAAUUAUGAUGGAAUACCAAGAAGUAAUCAAACAAAAUAUAAACCAUUUAAUACUUCCAUGUAUAUGAGUGGUAGAUUACAGAAUAAUAAUCAAGGAGUAUAUUAUACUCAACCUCGACCAAAUAGAAAAGAAACAUUAGAUGAAAUGCAAACACAUAGAAAGAGAAAAAUGAUUAAUGAUGUAGAUGAAGAUUUAGAACGAUUGAAUAAUAAUCAAGCAUAUAUUAGAAGAGUAGUACCACCUGAAUUAUGGAAGAGAAUUGAAGAUGUUGCAUUUGAACCAAAUGUAGUAAGAAGAUAUGAAAAGUUGCAAGAUAUUCUAGUACCAGAAGCUAUUACUACUCAUUCAUCCAAAGAUUAUUAUCAUAAAAUUCAUAUUGGUGCAAGAACAAAUAGAAGUGAUAAUAAAGGUACCAUCUUUAAACCAUCUGAUUUUGAAAGAAGAGGAUUGCAUCAAUAUUUACAUAAACAACCUCAUUUUAAUAAAAUAGAAAGUGGGAAAGAGAAAUAUGAAAUGAUGAAGAAUGUUUAUAAUCAAUUAGAACGAUGGGGAACAAGUGAUGAUCGUACUGAUUAUGAAAAGGUAUUACUUAGAGUAUCACCUGAUGAUGAUAAAAUUAAUCAUUUUAAAACAAUAAAAGGAAACAUUAAAUAUUAUAAUAAAAAAUUAAUUAUCUUCUUUCUUUGGUUUACUUUCUUCUUCUUUCUUUUUAUCUUUUAUUAUAAAUCUAUUCUUGUAUUCUUUUUUAGCUACUUCUGGUGUUUUUACUUUUUUAAUCUGUGGUUUAUCCCACAUUAA